GAUGCACAGAUUAGAGAGAGGAUAAAGAAAGAGGAUAAUGAGACCAAUGCCAAUGGAUUUGUUUGGAGAGAUGGAUGAGCAGGUCUCCGCCAUGGCCAUGGAUGUUGACGACGUCGACCCUCUCGAGAUCUUCCCAGAGGGCGUCAUCUCCGCCGACAACAAGCUAGCCGACGCCGAUUUCUUCAACAACUUCCAAGACGAUUUCGACGAUGCUGAUAUCAACUGAUCCUACCUUCAUCAUCGUCAUGGUUUUGGUUAUGAUCGCUCUUCUGAUUAGGGUUUAGGGUUUUGUUUUUUUGUACUCUCUCUUUUCGUGUGGAAACGAUAAAGAAACCGUUGUACUUUGGUUCUGGGAUUCCUCUAUUGACAAUAUAAUAUCUUUUGUUUUUCCUUUUGCGAUUAA